AGGCGCCGCCGUCCGAGCCUGGAAACCGAGACGUGGCUCCCGGGCGGAAGACCAUGUUGGACUUCGCGAUCUUCGCCGUUACCUUCUUGCUGGCGUUGGUGGCAGCAGUGCUCUACCUCUACCCGGCUUCCAGACAAGCUGCAGGAAUUCCAGGGAUCACUCCAACUGAAGAAAAAGAUGGUAAUCUUCCAGAUAUUGUGAACAGUGGAAGUUUGCAUGAGUUCCUGGUUAAUCUGCAUGAGAAAUAUGGGCCUGUGGUUUCUUUCUGGUUUGGCAGGCGCCCUGUGGUUAGUUUGGGCACUGUUGAUGUACUGAAGCAGCAUAUCAACCCCAAUAAGACAUCGGACCCUUUUGAAACCAUGCUGAAGUCAUUAUUACGGUAUCAAUCUAGUGGUGGGAAUGUGAGUGAAAACUACACAAGAAAAAAAUUGUGUGAAAAUGGUGUGACUAAUUCUCUGCAGAGUAAUUUUGUUCUCCUGCUAAAGCUUUCAGAAGAAUUAUUAGAUAAAUGGCUCUCCUACCCAGAGUCCCAGCAUGUACCCCUUUGCCAGCAUAUGCUUGGUUUUGCUAUGAAGUCUGUUACACAGGUGGUAAUGGGUAGUACAUUUGAAGAUGACCAGGAAGUCAUUCGCUUCCAGAAGAAUCAUGGCACAGUUUGGUCUGAGAUUGGAAAAGGCUUUCUAGAUGGAUCACUUGAUAAAAGUCCAACUCGGAAAAAACAGUAUGAAGAUGCCCUUAUGCAACUGGAAUUUAUUUUGAAGAAAAUCAUAGAAGAACGAAAAGGAAGGAACUUUAGUCAAUGUAUUUUCAUUGACUCCUUAGUACAAGGGAACCUUAAUGACCAACAGAUCCUAGAAGACAGUGUGAUAUUUUCUCUGGCCAGUUGCAUAAUAACUGCAAAAUUGUGCACCUGGGCAAUCUGUUUUUUAACCACCUCUGAAGAAGUGCAGAAAAAGCUAUAUGAAGAGAUAGACCAAGUUUUUGGGAAGGGUCCUAUUACUCCAGAGAAAAUUGAGCAGCUCAGAUAUUGUCGGCAGGUGCUGUGUGAAACUGUUCGGACUGCCAAACUGACCCCAGUUUCUGCCCGGCUUCAGGAUAUUGAAGGAAAGAUUGACAAAUUCAUUAUUCCUAGAGAGACUCUCGUUCUUUAUGCUCUUGGUGUGGUACUUCAAGAUCCCAGUACUUGGCCAUCACCAUACAAGUUUGAUCCAGACCGGUUUGAUGAUGAAUCAAUAAUGGAAACUUUCUCCUUGCUUGGAUUCUCAGGCACACAGGAAUGCCCUGAGUUGAGGUUUGCGUAUAUGGUGACCACAGUACUUCUGAGUGUAUUGUCAGCAGAUAAGCAGCGAGCCCUAGAAGAAACCAAAGCCUACACUACCCAGUCCUUAGCAAGUGUUGCCUAUCUGAUAAAUACCUUGGCCAACAAUGUACUGCAGAUGCUGGAUAUCCAGGCAUCCCAGCUACGAAGAAUGGAAUCGUCAAUCAAUCAUAUUUCACAAACCGUUGAUAUUCAUAAAGAGAAAGUUGCAAGAAGAGAAAUUGGUAUUUUGACUACCAAUAAAAACACUUCAAGGACACACAAGAUUAUUGCUCCAGCCAACCUUGAGCGACCAGUUCGUUACAUUAGAAAACCUAUUGACUACACAAUUCUAGAUGAUAUUGGACAUGGAGUAAAGGUGAGUACCCAGAAUAUGAAGAUGGGUGGGCUGCCGCGUACAACACCUCCAACUCAGAAACCCCCCAGUCCCCCUAUGUCAGGGAAAGGGACACUUGGGCGGCACUCCCCCUAUCGCACACUGGAGCCAGUGCGUCCUCCAGUGGUACCAAAUGAUUACGUACCUAGCCCAACCCGUAAUAUGGCUCCCUCGCAGCAGAGCCCUGUGAGGACAGCUUCUGUGAAUCAAAGAAAUCGAACUUACAGCAGCAGUGGGAGUAGUGGAGGAAGCCACCCAAGUAGUCGGAGCAGCAGUCGGGAGAACAGUGGAAGUGGGAGUGUAGGAGUUCCCAUUGCUGUUCCUACUCCCUCUCCUCCCAGUGUCUUUCCAGGUCAUCCUGUUCAGUUCUACAGCAUGAAUAGACCUGCCUCCCGCCAUACUCCCCCAACAGUAGGGGGCUCAUUGCCCUAUAGACGCCCUCCUUCCAUAACUUCACAAACAAGCCUUCAGAAUCAGAUGAAUGGAGGACCUUUUUAUAGCCAGAAUCCAGCGGAAGUUGGGGCAGGUGAUAAUAGAAGAGGAAGUUUGUCUUUGCUACCUUCUCUGUUCAUUGACUCCUCUUCUUACCCCAGUUUGGGAAACAUAUCUCUUGCUCCUCCUCCUCCCUCCAUCCUACAGGUAACUCCUCAGUUACCUUUAAUGGGAUUUGUGGCCAGAGUCCAAGAAAAUAUUUCAGAUACACCACCCCCACCCCCACCUGUGGAAGAACCAGUCUUUGAUGAAUCCCCCCCUCCACCUCCUCCCCCAGAAGAUUAUGAAGAGGAGGAGGCAGCUGUGGUUGAAUAUAGUGAUCCUUAUGCUGAAGAGGACCCCCCAUGGGCUCCAAGAUCUUAUUUGGAAAAGGUUGUGGCAAUUUAUGAUUAUACAAAAGACAAGGAAGAUGAGCUGUCUUUCCAGGAAGGAGCCAUUAUUUAUGUCAUCAAGAAGAACGAUGAUGGUUGGUAUGAGGGAGUUAUGAAUGGAGUCACUGGGCUCUUUCCUGGGAAUUAUGUUGAGUCUAUCAUGCAUUAUUCUGAGUAAAACUCAGCAGGGCCGUUUUCCUCACAGGAAUAGUCAGGACUUCCCAGAUUAUCACAAGGCUCUGUGAUUCCCCUCCAGUGAAGUGAAUGAUGGAUACAAAUAUGAUAAAAACUACUUAUGUUCUUUUUCGGUUUAUCCCCCAGUAUUAAAAAAACAAGCCGAGUACGAACACAUGGAUCUUUCUGUCAUCAUUUGUACUAUGCUGAGCUGUCUGGAUUGAAAUAAAGUGACCAUUUCUGAAUAUGUUGGACGUAUAACAGCAUAAGUAUAUAAAAGAAAUCAGGUUAAGACUGAUUCAGAACAAAAUCUGGGAUUCUUUCUCAGGAAUACUGUACACCUGUGGGAUUUCUCCUGCAGAAUCUUUGGCAUUGGAUGUUCUUCAGUGCCUGUGCUAAAGGGUUAGCCGCGUACCCCACACUUUCUUCCACUUGUAUGAGGAGGGAACCAAUAUUUGAAUACCAUACUUAACCAUUUUUAGUUGUUUCAGGUGGCUCAUUUCCUCUCUAACACUGUAAAUUCUGCGUUCUCUCAGCACCUGAACUAGUGCUGAACUGACGUGCAUCACUUCAUGUUCCUCAGUUUGUAGAUUAUGAUGAAAUGAG